AAGCAGUUGGUAUCAACGAUGUGUAAGAUCAUCAAACGAUUAGUUUGGGGGUAAAAACGUCGAACAAGAAUAGCGUGAUCAGAAAAUUAAUUAACUUAUGUAAACAAAUGACGCACAGAGUUAAAUUUUGUUCGGCGUUCGACACAAUGGCAUAGUUUGGCGUAACCUCACACCAAACUGCAGUGAAUAAAUCGGUGCAACGAAAAAACAUUCGCUAAAAUGUUCAAGUUACGAAUCUAUUUCCUGAUCAUCGUUUCUCUGUUGCCAUUUUGCUGCAUUUUUCUGCUGAGGGAGUUCGCGUCGGAGCAUCAGAUGACGAAAGGAUCAUCAUCAACAGAAUUGCAAUUGAAAAAGAUCGCAUUAGAAAUGAAAAAAAUGGGCAACAGAAUCGAUGUGAUAAGAAAGCUAAUUUUAGAUUUAACGAGACAAAAAUUGGAAGUACCACCGAAAUGGAUCGAACGAUAUUCAACGCCACUUUGGUCUGAAUUCAAACCUUGGCGAGGAGUCUUUGUCUUCUUCGUGUCGUACCGUGCGAAAUACCUUCGAAAGUGUCUGGCAUCUAUAACAGUAGCUUCUAAAGACAUCGAUAAAUCUUCGGUCUGUGUUUUUGCCUUAGACCGUACCCCGAAGACGACCGAGCAAGAUGUAAAGGAGACAUUGGAAGCCAUCGACGAGGUCACUGUGUGUCAACCCUACGUAUGGAUGGUUGGGAGAGAUGAUAGAUACAACAAUAAAGUAAAUUAUGCAUUGAGGCUGAAAUUACACUGGUGGUUUGUACUAGAGACAGUGUACAAUGCGACUUACGAUGAAACAAUCUUCAAUGGCCUACUGCACGGUUACGAUCGCGAUAUUUUGUUCAUCGAGGAAGAUGCGAUCCUAUCACCGGACUUCGUCAAGGUCAUGUGGUACUCGAGCGAGAUAAAACGUCGUAACAAAGGUAUCUUACAGUUUGCACUCGGAGGUUGGGCUGGAGAGAACAUGAUCAACGCGCAUCCGGACACGUUUGUUGUACGAAAUGCCCGUUCGCUGCGCGGGAUCGCGUACGGCUUGAACCAGUCCAUGUGGUUAUACUUCAAAUCCCUAGAAAUGGAUUUUUUUGCCGAUAAGCAAGAUGACUGGUGUGAGUCUAUGGGACUGGUACUUGGAAAACAUAACAACGACACAGGUUUCAGGAUCGUUGUACCUACGUUAAGCCGCAUUUGGCAUAUAGGCGAGCGAGGACUAGGACCUGGUGGGGACUUUGCCUGGAAGCGAAUUAUGGCACCUCAACCAAAUUGGGAACUUGCCAGUCGGUUGAUCAACUUACGAAAUGCUCAAGUAAAUUUAGGUUUGAGAGACCUUUUGGGUUUCUCUGCGAGAAAAGAAUCGAAUUUUGGUUUCUCAAGGAUACAGAAUGUCUGAACAGCAUGGCACAAUGGAAAGGAGAAGAUCGGAAUAAAAUAA